UCGAAUUUCUUCAUGAAGUGAACUGACUUCAAUGCACAAUAUGUAUCUCAACAGUAUGUGUAACAUAAGCCAACCUUCUUUCGCCAUUAAGUCCAAACCAGACUUUUCCUCCGGUGUUCUGAUAUUAUUGGGUGUUCUCAUGGCAUUGUUAGCCCUCAUUACAGUUCUUGGAAAUGCUUUGGUCAUCCUGGCUUUUGUUGUGGACAAGAAUCUGAGAUAUCGGAGUAAUUAUUUCUUUCUAAAUCUUGCUAUUUCUGAUGUUGCAGUGGGUGCAUUCUCUAUCCCUGUGUAUAUCCCAUACGUCCUAACAGGAACAUGGCAUUUAGGAAAAGUCUUCUGUAAACUCUGGCUUAUUGUAGAUUCUCUCAUGUGCUCGGCUUCAUCAUUUAAUAUUGUUCUUAUCAGCUAUGAUCGGUUCCUAUCAGUCAGCAAUGCUGUGUAUUACAGAAGUCAUCAGACAAUGACUUCAAAGGCUGUUGUUUUACUGGUAGCAAUCUGGGUUUUUGCAUUUUUACUUGAUGGCCCAGCAAUAAUCAUUUGGGAAUAUGUGGUUGCCUGCAGCAGUAUGCGUGAUGGAGAGUGCUAUCCUGAAUUAAUCUUCAACUGGUAUAUUUCCAUGUGCAUUUCAGUCUUGGGGUCAUUUAUACCUUUAUUCUCUGUAGCUUAUUUCAACCUGCGUGUCUUCCAGACCAUACAAAAGCACAAGAGAAACAGCUCUGUACAGUUGUCAAAUUCUCCAAAGGGCAAGAGACAGCCAUGGAGACUUUGCACUUUGUUGAAAAAAAGAAUGCCUUCUCCUGAUUUAGAAACAAAGGACAGUGUUUCUGCAUCCUCAGGAAUACAGAAUCAGUCACUGGCACUUGACAGUUCAAAUCUAUCUCAAAUCCAUUCAAUAAUCUCUGAAAAUGAUGACUUGGGGUCUUAUAGAAAAAAGACUCAGUCCAAACCACAGAGACAUAAAAACAUUGCAAAACCACUUUCCAUAAUUGUUUGUAUCUUUACUAUUUGUUGGGCACCAUAUUCAUUCCUUACACUUAUUCGUGUAGCCUGCAGUGGAACAUGUGUGUCUGACUCUUUGCAUGAAGCUACAUUUUGGCUUUUGUGGAUCAAUUCAUCUGUGAACCCUUUUCUCUACUCUCUCUAUCAUGUUAAGUUUCGAAGGGCUUUCAUCAAAAUGUUAUGCCCCCAAAAGCUUGUGGGACUAAGUCAAUCAUCCUCUUCUUAGGAUACCAGUACAGGCAGUCCUCAACUUACAACGUUUCGAGUUACAACGUUUCACACUUACAACGUUUAUAAAUUGACACCCUGUUUCAACUUUACAACACCAGUUUCAACUUACAACACUUGAUCUGAUGCAAUGCCAUGCCAGCAAACAAGUUCGCUGCAUUGCUCAUCUCCCUGGAGAACAUCUGUCCAAACUUCCUUGGACACUUUCUUUAAGGAAGCAGCCAAGACUCCUGAGAAGACUGCAGCCAAGAGCCCUUCAAAAAGUCCAGCAAAGUCACCUCAAAGAAGUCCUUCCAAAUCAAUAUGAUUGCUAUUUACAAUAUAAAUAUAUUAAUGUACCUAUAUUACUCAUCUAUAAUUGAUCGAGUACAAAAUUCUGGGGUAUUUUUGGUGAAAAAAGGGUAUUGGGCUUUGGUUCAGGAACGAA